AUGGUGAGGGGACAAUAUGUCACUGACACCACAGGUGCGCUCUCGGGGUUUGCAUGGAAGCUCUUCCUGCUGGAGUCUCAGAACGGCUCUUGGGGCCUGGACCUGGAGGCAGCUCGGCUCUCCUGCAGGAGCAGGGGUGCCCACCUGGUGUCUGCGGGAGAGCUCAAGAGGGUGGUCCGAGACUGUGCCUCCACAGUGUGUACAACAGGCUGGCUGGCUGAUGGCACCCUUGGGACAACUGUGUGCAGCAAAGGGAGCGGUGAACAGCAAAUCGCAAGAGCUGUUGAUGUGAGAAUUGACAGCCACCCAGUUCCUGGUGCCAAGUACAACGCCCUUUGUAUUAAGGAUGAAGAGAGGCCAUGUGGAGACCCACCAUCCUUCCCACACACCAUCCUCCAGGGUCGCACUGGCUUGGAGAUGGGGGAUGAACUGCUGUAUGUGUGUGCACCAGGCUCUGUCACAGGCCAUCAAGAAACUGCCUUCACCUUGCUGUGUAACAGCUGUGGGGAGUGGUAUGGACUGGUCCAAGCCUGCGGGAAAGAUGAGGCCGAGGCCCAUAUUGACUAUGAGGACAAUUUCCCUGAUGACAGGUCCGUGUCAUUCAGGGAACUCAUGGAAGAUUCCCGGGCAGAGGGAGAGGAGGAAAAGGCUCAGGAGGACGCCUCUGAGGAGACAGCAAAACAGGAUCGUCUAGUCUUCACUUCUGUGUCUAAAGAAAACACAGCCCAGGAAAACACCUUUGUGCCAACCACAGGCUCGCCCGGUGCUGGGAGCCGGGUCCGCACAGACUGGCCCAGAUCCCGCCUAAACAGGAAGUACUCACUCUGGUUUCCCGCUGAGACUUUCCACAGGCCAGAGCUGGAAAAGGAAGUGGGGGAUGAGACCAAAGAUCCACUUCCUGCUGGGGAAAAUCACAGUGAAGGAAAACUGGUCCCAGAGGAGUCUGAAACCAGGCUGGUCUAUGCCGCCACCUACAGCCCCUCGGAGCCUUUUGUGGAUAGGAAUGACAGCAAGGCAGAGGACGCGGUGGUGAGCAGCAGUGAUGAUUCCUGGCUAGAUGGCUACCCUGUGACAGACGGGGCCUGGAGCAAGGUGGAGGCAGGGCGGGAGGAUGCUGGGUCAGUGGGGCUGGAUGAAAGUGCUCUCAUGACCCCCGAUCAGCCUAUUGGGAGAGUUCAGGGGCAGAAGAAUGCCACCGUCACGACGAGCGAGUCCACGAUAUCCAGCUCGAUUGUUCCACAUCAAAUGCUGGAUGUAGAGGCACUGGCUCCAGGCCCCAUGAAUGUGUCUGAGACCCAGGCUCCCCACACCGGCGGUGGCGAUUUGACUAAGUAUCAAUCAACUAUACCUCGGAGAGUCACCACAGAGAAGUCACCCACAGUCACCUUACCCUAUGUACUCACCACCUCCACCCAAGAGACAGAACCAACGACUCUGCAGCAGACACUUAAACUCCUCCCCUCGACGAGUGUGGAGGCCACCAGGCCUCCCGCAGAGGCCACCCGGCCUCCAGCGGAGACCACAGCUCCUGAGGUUCAGGACAGCUUCCCAUACCUGCUGUCUGAGGACUUCUUGGGACAGGAGGGCCCUGGGCCUGGUGCAAGCGAGGCGAAGCUUCUUCCAACCUUGGCACCAUGUGUGGGUAAUGAGUGUCCCGGCUUACAGAGAGGCCCGGUGAUUGCCAUCAUCGUCACUGUCCUGUGCCUGCUGCUGCUCCUGGCAGUCGUGGGAGCUGUGUGGGGCUACCGCAGGUGCCAGCACAAGAGCUCUGUGUACAAGCUGAAUGUUGGACAGCGGCAGGCUAGGCAGUACCACCAGCAGAUUGAGAUGGAGAAGGUCUAGCCUCUGUCAGCUGGGGCUCUCACAAAGCCACCUGGAGGAAGAUUAACUGACCCGUUACACUGAUAUUUCUCAGGAUCGGAGGCGGAAAGGGUCCACCGUCUAAAGUUCAAGUCUUUCUUCUGUACAUUCUGGAGAAGGGUCUCUGGAGGCACCUAGCGGGCAGAAAGGGUCUGGUGGAGCCAUUACACAUGCCAAGGUCUCUUUGGCCAUAUGCCCUGGAAUUCAUUGCCCAAAUCACAGACCUCUGCUUUGGCCCUACUCCAACACAAGGUUGGGUUGUCACUGUUGUUUAAAUCGUGCUAAUGUCUUUCCAGCUCUAGAGAGAGAGUUACAGACUCCGUGCCCUGAAACAUAGGAAUGGUUUUGACGAGCCUUGUAUUGAGGGCCACGUUAGGAAGCAUGUCAGUUGUGGGAUGGGACAGGGAAGGAUCGUGUUGUUUCCUUUAGUGUGAUGCUGCUGAGGACAGGUCGGGAGCCAGAAUAUACUUCAUAAACUUUGAUACUUUUGUUUGUUGAAAUUGGAGAGAAUUUCAGACUGACAU